AAACGCGAGCGCAGCAGACGGAUAGAACUUCACCGGCGGCAACAUCUGACGUUUGACUCCGUGCCGUCUGUGCGGUAGUCCUCUUCUCGCGCCCGCUCCCGCGGAAACACAGCAUUCCGAACAGAUAAACGAGGGAAAAUAGAACAGAUAAAUAAACACAACGGAUAAAUGAAGCGAUGGACAUGAUUGAAGGACUGACGUGAGAAUUAAGAGUACAUUCACGGAGUCAAGCUGCCAAACCGUCGCAGAGGACAUACUGCCUAUGGAGAGUGCUCUGUGCGCAGCAGGGGGUAUGAUAUGACUCUGAGAUUUAAAUAAAUAAAUAAAAAGCUUCAAAGCAGGGAUAAAAGGUUUGGUUCGGUUUCCAAAGACAAACAGCAGCUGGGUGCGCAAUUUGGAGACACAAUUUUCCCUCUUGCAUAAAUGCUCGCGUGCCGUUGGUGCUCUCUCGCACUCCCGCGGUUCCCCAUCGACUCCGACCGACCGGCGCGCGCUGUGCGCCUCCCCCCGGUUCUCUCCCACGCGAGCCGAAUCUGAUGAGUCCCCGUGGCCGUUUCACGCGCACGCGCCCGGGCUCCUCGCGCUCAGCAGCAGAACCGGCAGAAUCAUGUCUUCGUCGCGCAAGAUCUCGUCGGAGUCAUUCAGCUCGGUGGGCUCCGACUGCCUCGAGAGCCCCGGAGGAGAGGAUGGAGAUUCGUGUCCCUUCUCGCGGGUGUUCUGGAACGGCAAAAGCCCCGUGGAGAAGCUCGCGUGCCCGUUCGAAGACCAAACAGUACCCAAACGGGCGACCAGACGUAAGCGCGUCAAUCUUGACUCGCUUGGAGAAAGCUUGAGGAGGUUAACUUCACCCACGACACAGACUGUUCAACAAGCUCUCCAGAGAACACUAGAGUUCUACAGGCAAAAAGAGAUCAGAUGCAGAGAGGAUGGGAGAGGAGAGGAGCAGCGUGCACUGGAUAAGUGCCCCUUCAUGGACACCUCUGGCUCAGAAGAGGACAUCUCAGGAAUAUUACAGUACAUGGCCACUCUACUGGGUGUGCGGUUCUGGGAGCUGCGCGAGCGUCUGGGGGAGGAGUACUUCGGCCUGUGUCUGGAGGAGAACGAGCGCGGCCUGCUCGCCGUCGGGGGCAACCUGCAGGACUUCUUCAACGGCUUCGACGCCAUCUUGGAACACAUCCGAACGUCAACGGGCCGCCGCGCCUCUUCAGAGAGCCCCUCCUUCCAGUGCACUGACCCCCUUGAGGAGGGGAGGGGCCGGGGCGGAGGGGGGAGCGGAGGAGAGGGCGCGCCAGAGAGGGAAGGAGGGAAGAUCCUCCUGCUUCACUGUCUUAACCCCGCCCCCGUCGUCGGAUUGGUUAUGCCGGGCCUGAUCCGGGCCGCCGCCCGCAGAAUCUUCCAAUCACACGUGGAGGUGGAGGAGGCCCCUUCCCUGAUGCCCUCGUUGCCCAACGAGGACGCGGAACACUCAGACUCCACCCCCACCCCGUCCCCGACGCCGUCCCCCUCCUCCUCCCCCUCGCCUCCCUCCCCCACCUCCUCUCCCCCCGUCUGCCUGUCCUUCCUCAUCCGGGGAGAACGCCUGCCGUCCCGCACCUUCCCCCCUCCUCCAGCCGAGACCCCCACACGGACCCCCCCUCUCCCUGUCCCCUCUCCCCCCACCGACCUGCGUAUAAGCCUGGCCACGUUCUGCCGGGCCUUCCCCUUCCACCUGGUUCUGGGGCCCCACAUGGAGCUUCUGCAGCUUGGGGAGGGCCUCAGGAGGCAGGCCCGGAUCGAGCCCCACCGGACCCUCUCUUUCAGGGACUGCUUUGAGAUUGUGUCCCCCAGGAUUGAGCCCUCAUUUCAGGGCAUCUUGCUGCGGCAGGCCUCCCCCUUCACCAUCCGGACCCGACCAAACAGUACUGUGCCCGGGACCAAGGAGAAG